GUGAUAUGUUUUAUUUGUAUAUACUUAAUAAAUAAUUUCAAAAAUCCUCUUAAAAUCAGUUUGAAACAAAACCCGCCCAUCAAUUCCUACGGAUUAAAUGGAGUGAUAACAUUGAACCCAGUGCCUUGCAUACUUAUAUGGUUUUUAUACUCUCACAAUAUUUUUCAACAGAAUAUUGUAGUUAUGUUCGCCUAAUGGUUGUUUCCAAAAUAAAAAAUAAUCAAGGGAGAUAUAAAGUUACAUAUAUAUAGUAUAUAAGUACAUACAUAUGUACAUAUAUAUAAAUGAUCUGGAUGACGAGGCGAGUUGAAGUCCGUGCAAGCGAUAACUUGAUUAAAAUGAAAUAUAUUUGUGUAUACUGGUAAUCAGGCUUUGAUACUUGCAAAUUGCUCGAGUAUAAAAUAACUUAGGUAGGUAGGGAGAUGAAUGUAUUCUUACUUCAUAAAGAAAUUAUUUCAUUGUGCAGGCUUUCAAAAUCAGUUUUUGGUCGUUUUGUGAUUAUUAAUGUUAUGUGUAUUCUAUUGAAGUUUAUUAUUGUUUACUUAGUUGUUUUAGACUCCUAUAGCUAUACCGCAGCUUACAAUUAUUUCUGCGGCAACGAUGAUUGGUGUGAGAAAGGAAAGCAUAUAAUGUGUGAUCCAUCGGCAAUUGAAAACAUAGGUAAAUUUAAACGACAUAUGCCAUCGACUUUUAAAAUUAGAAAUAUGUUUUUGGAGCUUCACAACCAGCUUCGUAAUGAAGUAGCUGGUCGGGUGAAAGCAACACGCAUGCGAAACCUCAUUUGGGACAGUGAGUUAGCAUACCUGGCUCGUACAUACACUGGUUUAUGCCCAAGCAAGCCGAGCGAAUGUCAUAAAACGGCACGUUUUGAGAAAGUUGGCCUCAAUUCAGCAAUGCAAGAUGGAUUAAAUCGGAUAUCAUUAGACACACUAAUGACGUCUACAUUCAAUAAAUGGAAAAAGGAUGAUUCUACUUUUUACAAAGUGCUCACCCUCGAUCAGGCGUCGCGUGUGGGGUGUGCCAUAGGUUAUUGUGUAGACUGCCCCGAAGGUAAAAAUCAUUGUUAUUUCAUAUCUUGCUAUUAUGAUAUGGAUUAUAAAGAGGGCGUAGAUAUAAAUGAUAAGGGAGAAAAUGCGGCUACGAAAUGUAACGUUUGGGACUCGGUUCAAGACGAAAAAUAUACAAACCUCUGCCGUAACACAGGAAAAAUAUUUUAGAAAAAUACAUGAAGCUUAAUUAAUUUAUGGAAACACGCGUUAAACUUUGAGUUUGGUUUUACGGUCUCAUUAUACUCUACAUUAUUUUAUCAAUAACAGUUAUUAGA